GAUCCGACGGAGGGUGCCGCGCCGAUGGCCGCACAGACCAGCAUCGCCACUGCCAGCGUGGCCGGCCACUCCCUGCAGAUCGACAUCGUGUCGGAUGACGACAAGGGCUGGAUGGUCUUCGAGGUGGCAGCCCGCGACUUCGGCGCGGACGACCUCGUGCUCCACUGGGCGGUCGGCCGGCAGAGCGCCUCGGAGUGGCUCGUGCCCCUCGACGAGCAGGCGCGCACCAGCCCGGCGGCGCAGCGCGUGCCCGGCGCCAUGCAGACGCCCUUCCCGCCCGAGGCCUCUGGCCACAGGAAGAUCCGAGUGGAGAUCAACUCCAGCGCUGGCCUCAAGGGGUUCCAGUUCGUCCUCCACCGCAAGCCCAACGACUGGCUCAAGUGCGGCAAGGACAACUUCGUCGUGGACUUCGACAGCGUGAGGCGGAGCGGCGUGUUCCGCGAGAGCGUGAAGGAGGCCUGCGAGGCGAGCCCGUCCGCGCAGCUGUCCCUGUGGAGGUGCAGCGGCAUCGACGUCGCGGUGCUCGGGCAGCGCGGUGCCUCGGGCGCCUGCGAGGUCCAGGUCCUCGUGGACUCCACCAAGGACCUGGUGGUGCAGUACGGCCUCGCCGCGGGCGACCGCCGGUGGCGCUCCUCCACGCGGGCGGCCCUGGAGGCCACGGCAGGCGGCAGCCUCAAGCGGGGCGCGCUGACCCUGCCGCGCAGGCAGUCGGCGGACGCCAGGUUCCUGAUGUUCGUGCUGCACGACCCGUCGGCCAACCAGUGGCUGAAGGACGGGAAGCAGGACUUCGCCUUCGAGCUGCCCCCCUUCAGCGGGGACGGCACGGAGCUCGACGACGAGCCGGAGGUGGUGCCAGUCGCGCAGGGCGUGCACGGGGCCGACGCCGAGAAGUUCGAGCCGCAGCCGCGCGCGAUGCAGAGGUCCGAGUCCAAGAGGUUCAAGAGCGUCGUGGAGAAGGCGAGGCAGGAGGAGCCAGACGCCAAGGUGACGUCGUGGGUCGUGCCAGGGACGGAGAUCGAGGUCGCAAUAUUGGCCACGGCCCUGGAGACCGAGCUGAACGUGCACGUGCUAGUACAUUCAGACUGCGACCUCGUGCUCCAGUACGGCCCUGCCAGUGAGACCCGAGAGUGGAAGUCUUCCAAGCGCGUGUCUCUCAACAGAGUCGACAAGGGUCAGAGCGAGGGCACCUUCAACUUGCCUGCGGGAGAGGUAGACAAGUUCCUCAUGUUCGUCUUGCACGAUGGGUCGGUCAACCGCUGGCUGAAGGACGGCAACCGCGACUUCGAGCUUGAAGUGCCACGGCACCUCGAGUGGGACAGACUCAAGAAGGAGGCCGAGAAGGCUGCCGCGGCAGAGGCAGCAGUAGCCGCAAAGCACCGGGAAUCCUUCUUGAAAGGCCGCCCUGGACGCCAAGCCAAGGCGGAUGUGUCUUUCGACACGUUUGACCUCGAGCGCGACUGCGGUCAUCUGGACGUCGCGUGCGCAGCGGCCGACGGCGGCGCUUCUGCAGACGUGCAGGUGCGCGCCUGGCUGAACCCACGGCUGGGGGAGACCAUGCUGCACUUCGGCGUGCUGGCCAAACCGCAGUCUGGGCAGUGGUCGUGCCCAGAGGACUUCAAGGGCGUGAAGUGGCCCGCGGGCAUCACCAAAGUGGACGGCAGGGCGUGCCAAGUUCCGCUGCAGAAGAUGGACGAGCAGCUGUGGGGCCUGGACUUCUCCGUGCAGGCCAACAUGGGGAAAGAUGGAGGCAAAGACGUUUGCGUGCCAGUCAUCGGAGGCAUUGCUUUUGUGAUGAAGACCGUGAGCGGGAGCGAGUGGUUCAAGCCAUCCGAUGGCGGAGACGCGAUGGUCAGAUUCUCUUCUCAGGGCCGCUGGAAGGGCGAAUGGGCUGACGUCGCGGACAAGAUCGUGAAGCUGGAGACGAUGUCGAACCAUAUGUCGUUGAACAAGAGGUAUUGCGACUGUAUGGAGAUCGUGAACAACUGGGAGAAGCAGACCGGGGGCCACCACAUGCGCAGGUUGGCUUCCUGGAGCACCUUGAUGCACGUCGACUCAAGGGAGGCAGUGUGGUCCCGCAUGCCGUCCAUGCCGCUGUGCGAGAUCCCAGAAGAGGAGGUGAUCAAGUCGAGCAAGGAGGGGUUCUGGAGCUGGAUCUUCGUGUGGCAGCGCUUCUCCUUCCAGCAGCUGCUGACCUGGGAGAAGAACACGUGCACCCAGCCCAGGAUCCUGGCCAGCACCACGAACGCCAUCACGAGCCGGAUGAGCGAGCUGUGGAAGGCGCACCCGCGCUGCCGCAUGUGGAUCCGCUGGACGCUCGCCACGAUGGGGGCCGGAGGCAGCGCGGGACAGAAGAUCCGCGACGACAUCCUGGUCAUCAUGCACGCCCACAACAUCAAGGAGAUCCACGGCACGUAUUACGAGCAGUGGCACCAGAAGCUCCACAACAACACCACCCCCGCGGACAUCGGGAUCUGCCGGGCCAUCAUCGCCUUCCUGAAGUCGAACGGCAACAUGGCCGAGUACUGGCGGGUCCUUGCCGACCACGGCAUCACCAAGGAGCACCUGCACUCGUACAGCCGGCAAAUCACGACCGAGCCGUACAUGGUGCAGACAGAUGUCGGGCGCCUCAUCGGUGAUUUCGAGAGGUACCUCGAGACUCUCCGCAGCGUGCACGACGCCCUCGACCUGCAGCUUGCUCUGGACAGAUCGCGGUGGUGCAUGGAUUCGGGUCUGCAGGCCAAGGUGCAGGCUGUCGCCGACAUGGGGGGCACUGGCUACAAGAACUUGGACGAGGGCCACGGCAAGCUCAUGAGCAUCGCGCGUGCUCGCGAGGACAUCCUCGCCAUCCUCAACAAGAGGGACACCGACCCGAGCGUGAUCCGCCAGCUGCUGGUCAUCGACUACACCCUCGAGACCCAGCAGGGCGUCCUGGUCCAAGGCAUGGCUGACGAGAAGCGGCUGGGGAAUCUAUGCGAGCAGCUGAAGGUCCUGCUUACUUCCCUGGUGGGCCACAUGCCCACCGAGGACGAGCUCCAGGCCCUGCUGGCAGACUGGACGCAGCUGUCGCCCGCAUGCGCGCAGCAGAGCUGGAACAGCGUCACCCAGAGCGCGCUGCUCCUGAAGGCCAUGACCGACCGCAUAGGCCGGAUCAUCGGGGAGCUGUCUGAUCAUUACCAGACUUUCAUGGGGCCCAAGGCGGCUUUCCUUGGGGAAGCCAUCGAUGCCCCGAAGCACGCCAUCGAUGUGUUCGUCGACGAGGUGCUGCGCGGCACCGCGCUGAUGGCGAUCAGCCUGGUGCUGCAGCGGAUGGAGCCGGUGCUGCGAGAAUUGGCACACCUGCCGCCGUGGCAGAUGAUCUCCACGGUGGCGAAGCCGAUCCAGGGAGAACUCAAGGUGAUCGACAAGAUGCUACAUAUGCAAGACAAGGUAUUCGACACCCCGACGGUCCUCCUGAGCGGGGCCGUGAGCGGCGAGGAGGAGGUCCCCGACGGCGUCGUGGGAGUGCUGGUGCGCAGCGCCAAGGAGGCCCCAGACAUCCUGUCCCACUGCGCCGUCCGCGCGCGCAACUUUGGCGUGCUCUUGGCGACCUGCUUCGACCCGGCCAUCUCCGCCGGGCUGGCGGCGGAUUUCGAGGGCAAGUGGGUGGAGGUGACCUGCAAGCCCGACGGGUCUCUCUCCGUGCGGGCCGCCGAGCGGCCCGCCGCCGACGGCCAAGCGGACGCGGCCAAGGCCGCGGAGGCGGACCGGAGGGCGGCCGAAGCCACGAAGGUGAAGAUGAACCUCACCGACACCCUGGGCUGCAAGUGGACGGUGCGGCCGGACGAGAUGAACAGCACGAACGUGGGCUCCAAGAGCGGCAAUUUGGCGCUGCUCCGGCCGCGCCUGCCGAAGGACAUCCUGACGCCCCAGGCGGUGGCCCUCCCGUACGGCAGCAUGCAGAAGGCCCUAACAGACCCGGCGAACAAGGACGCCGUGCUGCCGAAGCUCACGCAGGUGCUUGGGAAGUUGCAGCCCUCCACCCGCAACGAGGACGCCCAGGCGAUCUUCGAGGAGGCGCAGGCGCUGGUGGCCGCCAUGAAGUUCCCUCCGUCCCUCAAGGAGGCGCUGCUCUCGCAAAUGGCGGAGGUGGGCAAGCAGGACGGGGAGGCGAGGCUGACGAAGCUGUUCCAGGCCGGCGACGCCUGGGACGCCAUCAAGGGCGUCUGGGCUUCCUUGUUCGCCAUAAGGCCAUGGGUCUCUCUGGCGAAGGCGGGGCGCAGCUUCCAUGACCUGAACAUGGCCGUGCUGGUUCAGGAGCUGGUGGAGGCCAGGUACGCCUUUGUGCUCCACACGGUGAACCCGUUCACUCACGACAAGGACGAGCUGUACGGGGAGUUGGUGGCGGGACGUGGCGAGACUCUGGUGGGCAACUACCCCGGACGUGCGCUGAGCUUCGCAAUGAAGCGAGGAGAGGAGCCUCGCGUGCUGUCCUUCCCGAGCAAGAGUGUGGCCCUGCACACGCAGGCGACGCUCAUCUUCCGGUCGGAUUCCAACGGCGAGGACCUGGAGGGGUUCGCUGGGGCCGGCCUCUUCGAGUCCGUGUGCGCGGAGGAGGACAAGGGCGGCUUCCAGCGGCUUCACAGAUUGCCGAUCAUCACCGACGCGGCCUAUCGUCAGAAGCUGCUGAAACGGAUUGCCGAGGUUGGUUGGACUACGGAGAAGGCCUUCGGUGGCGCCCCGCAGGACAUCGAGGGUUGCGUGGACGUUGGGGAACGCAUCUACAUCGUCCAGAGCCGGCCACAGGUAUGAGCUAGGCACGCGAGCCAAUCGCCAGGAAACUGGUCGUGAGGCAGAUGUGUCCUGGGGUUUUGGCCCGUUUUCCGGCUCUGGGGCCGAGAUGGCCACAAUUUUUUAGGGCGCUGCGGGUUUUAUCACAUUGCAGCGUGUAGACACGGUUUCCUCACACGACGUUGCGGUGCAAGCCCCCAUGCUGCGUUUCGAGAGACUUGGAGACUUCUAGAGGGCACCCGGAGGGGCUCCAGACGGCCCAAGUGGGCA